AGCCAUCCUCCACGUGGUUAUUUGCGUAUUAUUUACAUAAGGCUAAGACAAAGAGGGAAACAUGACAGACUUCUUAUCAUAUAAGCAAUUCAUGUUCACUGUUGUUUUCUGUAUAGGUUAUUCCUCACGAGGAAACAGUUUGGAGGUAAAUGUCACGUUUGAAGACAACACAGUUCACAAGUUUGGAGACUUCUUGCCGAACUACAUAGCGAGUGACAGCCUGAUAUUCAAGUGUAAUGCUAAUAUAACGGAGAGCGGUGCAACAGAUUUCGGCUGGUAUCUCAACAAAAAACCCAUUUAUACUUCCGACAAACCGGGACAUCCCUCCAGUCAUGGCCGCUUUCACGGUGGCGAUGGACCUGACAGACCAUCUGCUACAGUGCUGACCAGCACCCUGAUAUACCCGAACGUCACCGUGGACCAGAGUGGAGAGUAUACAUGUGAACUGAACGGCGUCAAGGGAGCCAAUGCCACCAAGAGCGUGUACAUUAUUGACGUCCUUACCAAUGUGACAGGCCAGGUUGAUAGGGACCCAAAGAACGUGACACUUGAAUGUGUGGUCUACAACUGGCUGGCACACGAUCCGCCAAUAUUCUCAAAGGGCAGCAAAGAACUGGGCUCGGAUGGGAAGAAGUACAUAAAAUCAAAAUUCUCCACAUUCCGAGAGGAAGGAAAAUACAGGACGGGAUCAGCAAAUAGUUUAGUUAUACUAAAUGCCGGACCAGAAGAUAUAGGCGAGUACAAGUGUUCCGUAACAUUGAAAUCUACAAAUGACCACACAAUUACGAGGUCCAUGUUCGUUACUGCACCAAACACAGUUGCCGGUGGAAGCAAACCCCCCCUUGUGCCGAGUGUGUUGUGGACAGCUGGCUUGGUCGUCGCAUGCAUCCUCUGGAUUCUUUCAGCCGAGACGUGAAACCAGUCUGUAUAGCUUCUACCUGGGGCUCAAGAAAAACAGGUCUACAACGUAUGAGACGUGGAUAAAAAUUCAUCGUUUUCUUCACGUGACUUUUUUUCCAAAAUAGGACUUUACUCCGCAGUUCUUACUUGGUCUGGAUCUUAUGCUUGUUAAACCGAUACAGUUAAGCAAAAAAAAAAAAAAAAAAAAAAAA